AUGCGUGUGCUAGCUUUCUGUGUGCUUAGGUGCCCGAGCUACUGAGGGUCUAGGUCCGGGCAGCCGAAGAGUGUGGUAGGUAACGGUCGUCAGCGCAAGGGUCAUUUCGUCGCUGGGAAGGGACGGCCCUCGCCCGCGGUGAUGGUGGUUAGCAAGAUGAACAAAGAUGCGCAGAUGAGAGCAGCAAUUAACCAAAAGUUGAUAGAAACUGGAGAAAGAGAACGCCUCAAAGAGUUGCUGAGAGCUAAAUUAAUUGAAUGUGGCUGGAAGGAUCAGUUGAAGGCACACUGUAAAGAGGUAAUUAAAGAAAAAGGACUAGAACACGUUACUGUUGAUGACUUGGUGGCUGAAAUCACACCAAAAGGCAGAGCCCUGGUACCUGACAGUGUAAAGAAGGAGCUCCUACAAAGAAUAAGAACAUUCCUUGCUCAGCAUGCCAGCCUUUAAGAUUGAAUUAGAUUGUGUUGUUUUGUGGUUUUAUUUCUGAAAGUAAAACUUGCCAUAAAUUAGGAAUUGAUUUCCCAAAAUAAAAUCCUUUUUUGUAUGAUGGUAUACAGUUUUCAGUAAUGUUGUAUACAAUUGUAUUGAUUUUUUUCCCUAAAUGUGUUAUUUUAAUAAAUAUCUCAUGAAUGAGUUUGAAGUUUCCUUGGA